AUGUCUGCUAUUCGUUAUGAAUUAGUUUAUGCAACAAAUAAUAGAGUAGCUUCGUUAAUUGAUUAUAAUGUUUACACUGACAUGUACAAACAAUAUGAAUUUCAAAAACAAUUCAUUCUUACUGAUAAACUUCUUACAGAUAAUGAAAAAGCUGUAGCAAUUAAACUUAUAACUGAGACUUAUGAUAGAAAUAAAAUUCUUUUAAAUUCAGGAACAAAAAGAAUUUGUGAAACUUGUAAGCAAGAAUGUUUAGCGACAUUAUAUUGUGAAUAUUGUGUUCGAAAUUAUUUAAAAGAUAAUUUUUCAAAUUGGACAUCUGGGAAUGAUGAUAUUGAUAAUUUAAUACAAAAAUGUCAAAUGGAAUGUCUUGGGCCAGGCUAUGUAAUUGAAUGGAUUCCAUAUAAUAACUUCAAAAAUAUUAAAUAUCUAACAAAAGGCGGAUUCUCUGAAAUUUAUACUGCAGAUUGGAUUAAUGGACAUUAUAGAGAAUGGGAUUCUGAAAAACAACAAUUAAGAAGAUUUGGAACCGUAGAAAUAGUACUUAAAAAAUUAGAAAAUGUUGAAAGUGCAAAUCAAAGUUGGUUUGAAGAGGCUAAAUCACAUUUAACUAUAACUUCCAAAUGGCCGAAUAUUGCCUCAUGUUAUGGUUUAACACAAGAUAUAUCAGAUGGGAAUUAUAUGCUUGUAAUAAUGAAAAUGGAUAUGGAUUUAAGAAAAUAUUUACAACAAAAUUAUAAUCAACUUACAUGGAAAGAAAAAAUUAUAAUUGCUUAUGAAAUAAUUGAAGCACUUUAUUGGAUUCAUAAUGAGAAUGCAAUUCAUAGAGAUUUGCAUUCUGGAAAUAUAUUAUUUUCACAAUUUAAUGAUGGUUGGACUAUUAGUGAUCUUGGAUUUUGUGGACCUGCUGAUAAAUCAUCAAAAAGUAUAUAUGGAAAUCUUCCCUAUAUAGCACCAGAAGUUAUUAGUGGAAAAGGAUAUACUUUUGCAUCUGAUAUUUAUAGUAUUGCAAUACUUAUGUGGGAAAUUUCAUCUGGUCAACUACCAUUUAUUAAUUAUGAACAUGAUGAUUAUGAUCUUGCAAUGGAUAUAAUUAAUGGCAUGAGACCAGAAAUUGUGUCAGAAAUUCCUUUAGAGUAUAAAAUUUUAAUGGAACAAUGUUGGGAUGCUGAUCCAUCAAAAAGGCCUGAUGUUGAUAUACUUGUUGAUAAAAUAAGAGAAAUUCAUUUAUCAUAUCAAAAUAAGCCAAAUGAAUUAUUUCAAUCAAAAGCAAAAAAUAAUUCUGAAACAAAAACCAAUUCAAAUUAUACGAAUUUGUCUUAUUUAGCUAGUAGUAAAAGGUUAUCUAAAAUAUUUAAGAAAUUACAAAUAAAUUCAAAGAAUGACAUUCAAAAUGAUAAUAAAAAGGAAACUAUACAACAACAAAUAAAAGGACCAAUUAAUGAAAUACCAUCUGAUAAACUAAAUUAA